AUGAAAUAUGUUACAAAAAUAAAAAGGAAUAAAACUUUGAUAGAAUCAAAAUAAAAAAAUUAUUCGGGUAUUGAAAGUAAAAUAAAAGGGCGUAAACUCCCCAAAAAUAUAAUAACAAUAUUCAUAGAUGCUGUUUCAAGAGCAAGAUAUAUUCAAAAGCUUAAGAAAUCAUCUAAAUGGUUUGAUUAAUAAGCUUAAAAUUAUAAGGAUACUCACCAAAUGUUUUAAGCUUUCAGAUAUAUGUCUGUAGGAAUCAAUACUUCUCCUAAUUUUUAUGGUUUGAAUAUGGUAUAGCUUAUGAAUUAGGAAAACUAUCUAAAAAUUCGCGUUGGAAUACUACUGAUGGUGAUGAAAACAUCGAAUUAAACUCAGAUGGCACACCAAUAUUUAAAGCUGAAAAUUUAGAAAAAUAUAAGAGUAUAACUAAAACUCUAUCAGACGCUGGAUAUAUCAUAGCUAAAUCAAGAACAAUAUGUGGAACUGCAAUUACUGAGCAUGAUCCACAAGAUGCUACUGUAGUCUAAACUUAACCAAUUGAUCAUGAGUUUGUAAGUGCAAUAUGUGAUCCUAAUUAUCUUCCUCCAAAUAAUCCUUUUGGUAUUUUAUAAGGACCUUAUAGUAUUUUUAAAAAAUGUCUCGAUGGAUAAGAAGUCAAUCAAUAUGUUUUUAAUUAUGGAAAAGAUUUCUUAUAAACUUAUCAUGACGUACCCAAGUAUCUAGAGAUGUACUUUUUGGAUGGUCAUGAAGGAACUGGUGAUGUGAUAAAUUAUUUUGAUGAUCCAUUAUACAAUUUUCUGAAUUGGUUAGUUGACAAUAACCAUCAUAAGGACUAUUAUAUAAUGAUGGUAUCUGAUCAUGGUUUACAUAUGUAGGGUUUAUAUUAUUUGAUGAGAUCUAAAAUAUAUGACAUUGAGGUGGCUCUGCCAGGUCUUUUGAUUUUGCUUGACAAAAAUUUAAUUGAUGAAAAAGAAAGAAAAGCGUAAUCAAUAAUUUAUAAUUUUAGUUUAGAAGAAAACUAACAAAAAGUGGUUACUUCAUUUGAAAUUCACUACACCUUGUAAUUCUUUACUUCAGAAGCCCAAAUUGAUAAUAGUCUUUUUUCAUCAAAAAUACUCGAAAAUANUAAUAAUAAAUGA